CAGGCUGGGGCUGGCCCUGGGCCUGCUGGCCGCCCUGGCCGCGGUGAAAUACUAUCGGGACGCCGAGGCGGCCCGGCGGCAGGAGAUGGCCUUGAAGUCUCUGGGGAACGAGGGGCUUUUUCUCUUCUCCUCUCUGGACACUAACAAUGAUCUGUACAUUAGCCCUGAGGAGUUCAAGCCGAUAGCAGAGAAAUUAAUAGGUGUUACUCCUGUCUUCGAAUUUGAAGAGGAAGAGACACUGGAUCCCAGUGGGGAGACGCUAUCAAUUGUUGCUAAAUUCCAGCCCCUGGUCAUGGAAACAAUGACAAAGAGCAAAGAUGGUUUCCUAGGAAUUUCUCAUAUUGCUCUGUCUGGCCUACGGAACUGGACAGCCCCAGCAGCCCCUAUAAGCAUGAUGUUUGCCAGGCAAUUCAAAGCCUUUCUUCCCCCAAAGAAUAAGAUAGAACUCGGUGAUCCCUGGUGGAUAAUCCCAAGCGAAUUAAACAUCUUCACUGGCUACCUUUCCAAUAACCGGUUUUACCCUCCGGUCCCCAAGGGCAAAGAAAUUGUGAUCCACAAACUUUUGAGUAUGUUCCACCCUCGUCCAUUUGUAAAAACUCGCUUUGCCCCUCAAGGAGCUGUGGCCUGCAUCCAGGCAAUCAGUGAGUUCUACUAUAUUGUAGCGUUCAGGAUCCAUGCCGAGUUCCAGCUGAAUGAACCUCCAGACUUCCCUUUCUGGUUUUCCCCUGGCCAGUUCACAGGCCACAUCAUCUUCUCCAAGGAUUCCUCCCAUGUUCGAGAGUUCAAGCUCUUUGUCCCUAACAAGAGGUCUCUCAAUGUUGACAUGGAAUGGCUGUAUGGGGCGAGCGAAAGCAGCAACAUGGAAGUGGAUAUAGGUUACCUACCUCAGAUGGAAUUAGAAUCUUCAGGGCCGUCCAUCCCUUCUGUGAUUCGUGACGAAAAUGGCAAUGUGAUGGACAGCCGAGACCCUGCGGGGGAGCCAAUUCAGUUUGUGUUUGAAGAGAUCAACUGGCAGCGUGAAAUAACUUGGGAAGAGGCAGCCCAGAAACUGGAAGUUGCCAUGUACCCGUUUAAGAAGGUUUCGUACCUUCCCUUUACACAGGCUUUUGACAGAGCGAAAGCUGAGAACAAACUGGUGCACUCCAUCCUGCUGUGGGGCGCCUUGGACGACCAAUCCUGCUGAGGUUCGGGGCGAACUCUCCGGGAGACCGUCCUGGAAAGUUCGCCCAUCCUUGCUCUGCUGAACGAGAGCUUUGUCAGUAGUUGGUCACUGGUGAAGGAAUUAGAAGAGCUACAGACUAAGAGGCAAAAUGAAUUCUACAGCAGACUGGCUGACCUGCAUCUAGAGAAAUAUAACUUCCCUGUGGAGAUGAUGAUCUGCCUUCCCAACGGAACAGUGAUUCACCAUAUCAAUGCCAACUAUUUCCUGGAUAUUACUUCUAUGAAGCCUGAAGAAGCUGAGAGCAGCAUCUUUAGCUUCUCAACCAAUUUUGAAGAUCCUUCCACUGCAACCUACCUCCAGUUCCUGAAGGAAGGACUGCAAAGAGCCAAACGGUUCCUGCAGACCUAAGAAAAAAAGGGCAAGUGAACACCCAGCAGAGAUGGCCAAAGACUUUAGAAUUCUUCUAUUUUGAUUACGGCAAUAGUUCCUAAUCUAUAGACUGGACAUGGUACUGAUACUAAAAUGUAAAGGAUUCUAGGACUGGAGUCUUGGUCUGAAUAGUAGGACUGUAGAUUCUAGAAUACAUCUUUUUUUAGUGCUUUAAUUUCACUUAACUUACCCUUCUGAGUUUAGGAAACUUCUACAGGAGCUGAAAUACUUUAAUUUAUAAACUUAAUACACUGUUUUUGCAUAUGUCUCAAAGUCUGAUCUGUUACCGGUUCUCCUACUUUCUGUCUUUGGUUAAAAGAUUGUGUAUAGUAAAACUCCUGUUAUAGCUACAUUGACUGAAAAUCAGAAAUGCUUGUUAUCUAGGGCCUAAUUUCAAACUCUCAUUACUCUUGCUGAACAGCACCAUGCAAUAGUCUCAAUGAAAUUAAGUGCUUAUGUUAAGUGCUACUCUACAUGAAUAAGCAUUACAGAAUUGGGUCUCCAGUGUAGAAUGGUUUCUACAAGCAUUUCACAAAUGACACCGAUUCUCUUUGCUUCUGGGUGCAAUUCAGGGUGUUGACUCUGAUCUAUAAACUGUUAUGUAUUUAGGUCCUGAGUAACUGAGAUGGCCUCUCCGGCCGCUGUAGCAACUCAAAAUCAGCUAGGACACCUUUGCUGACAAUGUCUAGAUCUGAAGGAGGAUUAUGAAAUUGAGAUGGUGCAAGUAACAGUGGGGAAUUGGUCAACAAAUGUCUUCAGUGUUCAGUGCCUUGAGAGUUCUUAUUCUACGAGAUGUCCUGGAUGUGACUCCAAAGUGCCAGGGUAAUCCAGAAGUUCUCCCAUUUCCUGUAUUGCUGCAACAUGCUACUGUCCAUAUUUAUUUUUUUCCAUGUUUCAUGUUUCCAAUUUGCGUUAUGUAAAGUUCUUCUUCUUCAGAAGCAAAAUGUAAAAGUUGGGUUGGUUUGUUUUUUUUAAACGGAAGGUUCAUAUUGUUUCUUGCAAGUUACCGCCAGUAAAAUUUAAGUGUUUUUUGUUUUGUUUUGUUUUAACUAGCUGCUUUGAAAACUGCAUCUGAUAAUUUUCCAAGUGCAAAGAAUGAAGAACUUGCCCAGACAAAAUGCUUUUGAUCCUUCAUCUCUAACUAUCUGGAGCAUCUGCAUUUGCUUUAUACAAGUACUUGGUCACAAGACAAACAUGGUUUGAGAGUGGGGGUUAAAUUUAAUUAAGAUCAGAGAGAUGAAAUUUUAGAUCACAAAACACCUCUGUUAUCAAUGAUACAAUAACUAUUGGAUUUUACUUAAGAGUGGCUAUCCUGGGUCAGAUCAAUGGUCCAUCUAGCCCACUGUCUUGUCUUCCAACAGUGGCCGAUGCAGAUGCUUCAAAAGGAAUGAAAAAAACAUGGCAAUUAUCAAGUGAUCCAUCCCCUGUUGUCCAAUCCGGCAUCUGGUAAUCAGAGGCUUAUGGACACCGAAAGCAUGGGGUCGCUUCCUUCACCAUCUUGGCUAAGAGCCAUUGAUGGACCUGUCCUCCAUGAACUUCUCUAAUUCUUUUUUGA